AAAAGAAUAAAAUCGAUAGGAUUAAGAAGCAAGAGUUUGUCUGGGGAUAACACUAACUGCAUUAAAAUUUUAUUAGAAAACCCAAUGGGGUGGGGUCACCUUGGAAAACAUGGCUCAGAUUCCGGUAACGACGGCGAUGCAGGUCCCAGCACCAGCACGGCGGAACCACGGCAGUUUCCUUCUGCGGCUCAGCCGGAAAUGAUGCGAGCUGCUGAGAAAGACGAUCAGUAUGCCUCUUUCGUUUACGAAGCCUGUCGCGACGCCUUCCGCCAACUCUUCGGUACUAGAGUUGCGGUGGCUUAUCAAAACGAGACGAAACUUUUAGGGCAAAUGCUUUACUAUCUGCUCACAACAGGCUCGGGACAACAGACACUUGGAGAGGAAUACUGUGACAUUACUCAAGUUGCAGGACCUUAUGGGCUUCCUCCUACUCCGGCCAGGCGUGCUUUGUUUAUUGUAUACCAGACGGCGAUUCCGUACAUUGCAGAGCGAAUUAGUUCUAGAAUGGCUUCCCAAGGCAUUGUUCUUGCUGACUCUGAGUAUGCCGAGAGUUACGGUGAAAUUUCCCAGGGGAGGAGUAGUUUUCGGGUUUCAGCCACAAGCGAACUUUCUCCUUUGUCUGCCUCAGGGCGGUCUGCUUCAAGACUGACAAGGUUGAAGGAGAAACUCGGUGGAUUUUGGUUGCAUAUGGUUCAGAGAUGGCCUACGAUGCUGCCUUUUGUUCGAGAGUUAUUGCAGUUGCUUCUUCGUGCUAACCUCAUGUUGUUUUACUUUGAAGGCCUCUAUUAUCAUAUAUCCAAACGUGCUGCAGGCAUUCGUUAUGUGUUCAUUGGAAAAGCAUCAAAUCAAAGACCCAGAUAUCAAAUACUGGGAGUAUUUCUGCUGAUUCAACUUUGUGUAAUAGCUGCCGAAGCGCUGCGUCGAAGGCAUUUUACAUCAAUUGCUAGUUCAGUUCACCAGGCAUCCUUUGCAACCCACAAUACUUCAGCAGGACACGGUUUGCCUGUUCUAAAUGAAGAAGGUAAUUUGGCAACUCCAGAUGCUGACAAAGGAAGUUGGGUUUCUGAAUCUUCAUCUUCUGAGCAUAAUGCAACUAGUGGGGCUAGCAAAUGCACGCUUUGCCUGAGUAAUCGUCAACACCCAACAGCUACUUCCUGUGGCCAUGUAUUUUGCUGGAAUUGUAUUACAGAAUGGUGCAACGAAAAGCCAGAGUGCCCUCUUUGCCGCACCCCUUUAACACACUCAAGUCUAGUUUGUGUGUAUCAUUCGGACUUCUAGAAUCUGCUUCUUGGCAGCUGUAGUCUUUUGUACAUGGGAAGAAGAUGGCAUGAAAGGCAAUAUUUUAUUGGUUUUGAGGAUUUUAUCAUAUGAACAUUUAAACCAAUUUAAUUUUAUAUUAGAAUAUAACAAAAUUCUUAUUUUAGCAAUCAAUUUUGCUCUACUAUCA